AUAAAAAGCGUCGAGACCAAACUGUUUCACUCCAAAAUGCGCUUCUUCCCUGUCGCUACCAUUUUGUUUCUAGCAUUUUGUGCAGUUAGAUGCGCAGAACCGAAUACAGAAAAAGAAUGCCAAUGUAUCUUGAACAAUAUCUGGUUGGAUGUCUAUCUUCUAAUAGAUAAUUCUGCAAAAAUGGGAUCAGUUGGACUUCUCGAGGUGGCUUCUAAUGUGAAUUCGGUUUUUGGUUUCACACAAAUAAGAGUAGGAAGCAAUUAUCCUGAUAAAAGAGGUGCCCGUGUCUCAGUUCUUACGUACAGUGAUUCUCCAACUGUUCACGCAAAUUUAAGCGAUUUCAAGUCGACAGAUGAGUUGACAAGUAUGAUAUAUGCAUUGAAGCCAAGUACUUCUUAUGAUUCAAAUCUUCAAUCAUCUUUGAAACUCGUGAAAAAUAUGAUGAACUACAAAGAUAUAAAUGCACCAAGAAAUAACACACAAACUGUUAUUAUUAUCUACGCCGGAGAUUAUGUGGAUUAUGAUGAACCAACUAUUGCACAAUUUGGAGAUCAAUUAAAAGCUGAUGGCGUGAAAAUAAUCACAGUUGCUGAUAUAUCAAACACAGACCAUCAACAUGUUUCAAAACUGAAAUGGCUCAAGGAGUUGGCAAGUGAAGGAAAUGGAUUCAAUAUCAACGAUGAUUAUGUUUCGGAGGAAGUUCAAAAAGCGUUAUGCAGUGCGAACUGCUUCUGUCCUCGUAAAUAUCAUCAUUUUAUCACUUCAAACAAUGAAACAACUCACAAAUAUGGAACAUGUGUACAGUUUAGUAUUGAACAAUUAAGCUGGACAAAAGCGAAAUUCUUCUGUCAGAACUUACACAAACAGGGUUACCUGGCUACCGAGUAUACUGAUGAGAAGCAUUUGUUUAACGAGAAAUACUUCGAAGCUCUUUCUUCUCAACCAAAGCCAUUCAAAUACCAUAUAGGAUUACACUAUGUAAAUGGUGGAUACUUCUGGGAACAAGCCAUUGGUAUUCCAUUAAUUCCCGUUUCAACUCCACUUUACCCACUCGAUAAUGUACCUUCUACAACUCAACAGUGUGUUAGAAACAUAGGAACACUUGACUCUGAAGAUCUCAAAUGGGACAAUGAAAACUGCUUUAAUGAUGUUAGUCCUUUGAUGUGUGAGGUUCCUGCAUGUGAUACUGAGAAUUAUUGCCCAUAAGUAGCCCCUGUUGCAUUUAUUUGUUAACAUUAACCGAAUACAAAUAAGUUUAUAAAAAGUGUAUUUUAUG